ACCAAAUUGCAGGUGACAUCUUUACAGAGUUGCUGCAAGUAUUACAAAUCACAGCCCAUCUAUAUGCAUCCACAUGGCCCUGGAUGUUAGAUAAUCAGUGGACAGAGAGGGGAAGAAUCUGGUUCCCUUCACACAGCCAGACAAGUGGCUACACUUCAAGAACAUCCCUUCCCACAGCGUCUACACAUCACCAUGGCAAUGGUAUCAUCUGAACGUCACUGGAACCUGAUCCUUGGUAACUGCCAAUCAAGGGAAACAGUGCCUGACUAGCUCCUCCUUCCUAUUCCACACAUUACCUGUUAUUGGUUGGCAGAGAUGCCUUUCAGGUGGAAGGUUGAUUUCUGAGUGCAGGUGCUCAGCAGAUCUAUGAGUCUGGGGAGCUGAAAGUGUGACUUAGAUAAUUAUCAGCACAAGACUUAAUUCCAUGCAGAAUUUGGAGGACAUUCAGGUGCCAGGAGUAGCCGCUUCAAGUUCCCACUUGUCCUUCUCUGGAAAUGGCAAACAAUACAAUCACCAUUUCUAGAGAUGAAUUGGCAGAUCUGAGAGAAGCUUUUGACAAAGUUGAUAGUGACAAUAGUGGCUAUAUUAAUGAUUAUGAGCUACAAGAGUUAUUUAAGGAAGCAAACCUUCCACUACCUGGCUACAAGGUGAGAGACAUUAUUGAGAAAAUAUUUGCUGCUGCUGACCGCAACAAGGAUGGGAAAAUUGACUUUGAAGAAUUUGUGUCGUUGGUACAAGAACAGAAAAGUAAGGAUGUUAGCCGAACAUUCCGAAAGUCUAUCAAUAGAAGGAUGGGAAUAACAGCAAUAGGUGGGACAUCUUCUAUUUCCAGUCAAGGCACACAGCACUCCUAUUCAGAUGAAGAAAAAGUUGCCUUUGCAAAUUGGAUAAACAAAGCUUUAAAAGAUGACCCUGAUGUCAAGCAUCUAUUGCCAAUGAACACAGACAAUAAUAGUCUAUUCACAUCGCUCAGAGAUGGCAUUUUACUUUGCAAGAUGAUCAACUUUGCCCAGCCAGACACUGUUGAUGAAAGGGCCAUUAAUAAAACAAAACUGACAGCAUUCACUAUCUCGGAAAAUAUUAACCUGGCUUUAAAUUCAGCCUCGGCCAUUGGUUGUACAGUGGUCAAUAUUGGAGCCCAGGAUUUGAAAGAAGGAAAACCACACUUAGUGUUAGGUUUGCUUUGGCAAAUUAUCAAAGCUGGAUUGUUUGCGGACAUUGAAAUCUCCAAGAAUGAAGCUCUUAUAGCAUUGCUUAAAGAUGGGGAAACAUUGGAUCAAUUAAUUAAACUCUCUCCCGAGGAACUCCUGCUUCGUUGGGUGAACUACCAUCUGACCAAUGCUCAGUGGCCAAACAUAAACAACUUCAGUCAUGACAUUAAGGACUCUAAAGCUUACUACCACUUGCUGAGAGAAAUUGCACCCAAAGGUGAUGUUUUCAUCGACUUCUCUGGAUUUCAUGAAACAAAUGAUUUGAAGAGGGCACAUUGCAUGCUCCAACAAGCUGAAAAACUUGGCUGCAGACAAUUUGUUUCUCCAUCAGAUGUUGUCUCUGGAAACCCUAAGCUCAAUUUGGCUUUUGUUGCAAAUUUGUUUAACAUGUACCCAGCUCUGCAUAAAGUCGAUGGGUUUGAUCUGAACCACAUAGAAGGGGAAACCAAUGAGGAGAGAACAUUCCGAAAUUGGAUGAAUUCUCUAGGAGUAAACCCAUAUGUCAAUCACUUAUACAGUGACUUGACUGAUGCAUUAGUGAUAUUCCAGUUGUAUGAGCGAAUCCGACAGCCAGUGAGCUGGGAUCGUGUUAACAAGCCCCCAUUUUCAGCUCUUGGGGGACACAUGAAGAAGAUAGAGAAUUGCAAUUACGCUGUUGAGAUUGGGAGAAGUAAAGCCAGAUUUUCUCUAGUGGGUAUUUGUGGCCACGAUUUACAUGAGGGCAACCGCACACUCACUCUGGCAUUAGUGUGGCAGCUGAUGAGAAGGUACACUUUAAAUGUUUUAGUUGACCUGGGAGAAGGUGAAAGGAUUGAUGACCGAAUUAUCGUACAGUGGAUAAAUGAAACACUUGCUAAUGCAGGCAAGAAGACCUUUAUCACCAGCUUUAAGGAUAAAUCCAUUAAUACUAGCUUGCCUGUGUUGGAUUUAAUUGAUGCCAUCGCACCCAAAGCAAUUAAUCCAGAGAUGGUAAAAAGAGAAAACCUUUCAGAAUCAGACAAACUGAACAACGCAAAGUACGCCAUUUCUAUUGCUCGGAAGAUUGGUGCUCGGAUCUAUGCCCUGCCUGAAGAUUUGGUAGAAGUUAAACCAAAGAUGGUGAUGACAGUAUUUGCGUGCCUAAUGGGAAAAGGACUGAAUAAGUUAAAAUAAUGAAGUUCUUUAGUAUCUCCACCGUUUAAAUGCCAUGUUUAGUAUGCCAGAUGCCUCAUACUUUGGGUCAGUGUUUUUUUAAUACCAGUUUCCAAAGAUCAGAGAUCAGAUUUGUGGUGUUCCAUGCACGAGAACAGGCAUUAAAUGGUGAAAUUAACUUUACUGUUCUCAAGUCAGUAUAUUUUUCAAAUCUGAAUAGUUAGAUAUUGUGAGCUGGAGCUGAGGAACACUGUUGAUUUAAUCUUUAUUGAAUAAAAAAAAAUCAAACAAAAAACCUAGUUAAACAUGUAUGAGAGGUUUCAUUAAUGGGAUAUCAUUCUGUAUUAUAUACUGAGUAAUCUGUGAUUGCACCCCUCGGCACCCCAAAUGUUUUGGACUGCAUCUCCCCUCAUGCUUUGCCAGCAUUACGGUUGUAAGAGUAUUUUGGGAGAUGUAAUCCACAACAUCUGGAAUGCCUAAGGUUGCCUCCUCAUAAACAUUUUGGCUAUAUAUUGGUUCUCAACUCACUACAAUUUAAAGUUUAGUGAAUAAGCCCCAUAGUGUUGCUAGUAUCA